GGCUAUACCUCGCAUCGCCUCCCUGACCUCCCAAGUGAGCGAUGAUGUAUCCGAGUGUAUUGUACGGUCACUGGUUGCCAUGGGCACCCAUCCACUGACGGCCAAUGAAUUGAUUGUACGGUCGGAUGGGCCAAUAAAGUUUGGAGAUAAUGUGCAGGGAAGUGCAUGGCUUCAUAACUGUCUACAGAGCACAAACACAGACCUCUGCCGCACUUCCACGAGCUUGUUGUGCACACUGCAUACCACUCUGUCGACAAUGGCGGUACAGAAGUCAGACCCUGAAUCCGAGAAACAGUGCGAAGCUCUUACCACCGUCAUCACCGACGAGUGCAACUCUGCUUUCCUUGCCUCAAAAUAUAGCGCUAAGGACCCUGAGCCAUCCUCAGCAACCUUAUCCCUGCUCAGUCAACUUGAGGCGCUCUCCAGCCAGAUGUCACCCAGUCUUGCUCAGACACUCAUAAUCAAGCACAAGGGCACGCACACCGACGGUCUAAGUUUCUCUGAUGUUCUGAUCAAUGUGCUGAGUGUGCAUCGGAAUGCGCACGUGCGGCUGGUGGUUUCUGCGGUGGUCUCGCGAGUACUGGGCUCGUUGAGUGAGGAGUAUCAGCUUAUACUUAAACAGGCGCUCCUUCGCGUUGUGGUCCAAGGCCUCGAUGCUAAAGGCGAUAUUGUAGCUCAGACACGGGCACUAAGUGUGAUCAACGUUAUGUUCGUAGCCAGUUUGGUAUUGGGCAUCUGGCUAUUGGAUACCGAGGGAGUAUUUGGAAAGGUUUUGGACUGCUACGAGCAACAGAAAGUAGAAGAGGAGAAGACCAGCGAGGAGAGCGAUGCAGACGAUCUAAGAGUGGCACUGCUGUGUGGUGUGUCUGAGGCCCUGAGUCACUACGCGUCCAACAAGAGCAAAUGUAUACAACUCUUAAAGAACGGUGUGACGCAACUGCACGAACUAUACAUGCAUGAAGUCCCAGAAGUCUCUGUGCGUGCUUUGGUAGGACUGUCGCGUGUGAUGAGUGCUGCCUCCCUCUUGGGCGAGGCAAAGGAAUUGACCAGUGAGAUGAGCGUGAGCAGGCUGUAUGAGGCUGCCGCGACGCUUGUGAAAGAAAAUGGGGGUGAUGAGAAGAUGGGGUUGGGCGAGACACGGAGGUGGGCCAUUGAGUGCCUGGCAGUACAGAGCAUCAACGCCGAUGUGAAAGACCUCAUCUGCGCAGACAAGACUAUCCUGAAGUUUUUGAUGGACGAGAUGCACGCCACACGUGACCUGGGUGUGGGUGUGGGGCUAGCGAGUAUGGUCCAGAAUAUAACCUGCAGCACUCGAAAGAAGCAUCUCACAGACGAACAAAAGGAGUUGCAAUCGCUCAACGAAUUCGCUAAGGAUACCAUCGAGCGUGAACAGGCCAAUGACUCCGCCGAACGAAUCGAGGCGCGAGUAGCUGUCUUAACGGAGGCUGAUCUUCUACCAGCUCUAGUACAACUAGCUUCAACAUCCGAGUCAUCUCUGACUAUCACAGAGUCCAUCGCCCGUGUGCUGGUCACUGUGGCCGCGCAGAAGAGUGCGCGUGGACGGAUGGUGGCAAGUGGUGCGCACAACACUCUGCUGAGAUGCCAUCGUUUGCUCGGGGUAGGCAUGCAGAUGGAAAGUGAGAAGAUUUCUGCCCAAGACGCACGUGUGGACACCAGCACACCAACUGUAGCGGAGAUGGUCACCUCCGCCUCAGCAGCACGCGCUGAAAGCUAUGCCGAGGCUCGAGAUGAAGCCGCCCAGGGACUAGCACGUAUAGCUAUCACACAGGACCCGAACAUAUCUUUCCCCGGUCAGAAAUGCUACGAGUUAAUACGUCCCUUAAUGGGUCUAUUGGGAUCGUUGUCCGAGUUGAAAGUGUUCGAGGGACUGCUGGCGCUGACGAAUCUGUCAAGUAUGGGCGAGCAAGUGCAAACUGUCAUUCUCAAAGAAGGGGGCUUGGAUGAGCUGGUAAGGUUACAGCUGGACGAUAACGAGCUCAUACAACGGAGCGCCACGGAGUGUCUGUGCAAUAUGCUUCAGCAUGAUGAGGUGUUCGAUGAGUAUGCGUACACAGAAGGCAGCAGAUUCGGUGAUCUCCGCCUAUGGACUUUAUUAUGUGGUUCGGAGGAAGAGGCGUGUGUGAUGGCUGCCUCUGGCGGUAUUGCUCAAUUAACGAGGAGUCCAUUCGUGUGCGAUGCCUUGUGUAAGUUGGAGCGGGGGUACGAGGGUAUUCAAGAGCUGAUGGUAUCGCCGUCUAGCGAUGUAGCGUACAGGGGCCUGUACAUUUUACAAAAUAUCUUGUCGCACGAAAACAAGGAACACGCCAAAGCAUUCGCCGAGCAACCCAACUCUGUGGAAAUCUUAUCUGCCCUCGUCGCAAAGCCGGGACAAGCGCCAAACGUUAAACACGUUGCGGAACAGUGCGUGGUGCAACUGGUGUCGAUGGGCAUUAUCGUUCAAGCAUGACAAACCAGUAGAUCGCUGGGUCUAAGGGGUCGUCAGGAUAUUGCGAAGUACACAUAAUGGAAUGUGUUAUAUGCAAUAAGCUCGAGUGUGAUUUGAUGUACUUGUUCAUACACUGGACAUUGUAAAGUCAAUUGUGAGCUUAGUUUUCCUACUACGAGUCAUGUGCAUAUUCGAUUAACACAUACAAUCAUUAUCGCAAAAGGCGUACUGAACUUUUAUCCACGACCAAACAGCAAUCUUUAAUGAAUCCUAAUCGCUGCGUAUACCCGUGUUCUAUGCUAGCUGCAUAAUUCACUAUGAAAGUUAAAUAUACGUUUAUUAACAGCCCCGACCCAAUACACACUCUUCCCCUCAGUCGUAUAUUGUACACAUGCCGGACAUGCAAGCACCAUGCAUGUACCAUUUUCUGACACUAUGUACAGUAAUCUGUAUACUGAUGGUCGCGAGAUCUCACGCCCGAUCAACCUACAGACAACCUAUCUGAUAGAACCUUAAGAAUGGCGGGGUUGUAUGCUGCUCACAUGACGUACAUGCCCAUAUACGAGCUAGUAUAAAAUUGCACACCAACCGCGGGAAUUUGAUAUAUAAUAGUAAGCCUGUGAGGUGUGCGAUGCAAACCAAAAUAUAAUAAACUUGUUAAGUCACCA